UGUAAGAUAAGAUUGACAUUAAAUAAUUUUUUUUUUUUGUUUUUGUUUAAGAUAACUUCAAGUACUCACUCGAAGUUAUUAAUACGUUUUCUCGAUAAACUUUGAAUAUUAUAUACGGCGCAGCUAAUAAUAGAUUAAUAAACAAAGCUAAUAAUAAAAGUGCUAUAAACACUAAAAGAAAGCGAAAGCAAAACGCAUUUGUGACAACGAUGAUGCGAGGAUUGUCGCAAAAUAUGGAUAUAAAGCUUUCUCAUAAUUAUAAAAAACGUUACAUUUUCUAAAGUGACGAAGCUUCACAAAACUAUACUUAAAAUUUUUAUGAAAAUCUCAUCCCCCGUAUGUCAGGAAUAUUAUGUUUUCUCGUGGCAAAUCUCAUUUUUCCCCUUCUCCUUCUCCCUCUUCGCGCCCCCGUCCUUGGUAGGUACAUCGCCGUUUUAGCGGCUUUUAAGUUAAGUAGUUCCGCGUUCAUGGUGCGAGAGCGGAAAUUUUUCCCGCGCGAAAGAGAGCGGUAUGUACCAUCUCCUCCUUCCGGCCUUCGAUCGAUCACGCGACCGCGGCCAAUACCAGACACCAUCAUCCAUCCCUCCGUCAGUUUUUUUUUCAUCUUGCGUCUACGUAAGAGAUGCGGACGCGCGCCAGCGUAAGGGAAUGUCUAAAGGGGAUCAAUACGUCGCCGCCGACGACGAUCAAAUGCAUUCCUAAAUUGCGAUUCGGAGACGCGGCGGAGAUGCAGGCGCCGCGUCUUUCGCUCCCUCGUUGAACGACUUUUGCGCUCACGCGUGGGGGGCGGCCUCCGGUUGGAUGAUAACGAAGCGACGGGACGAAACUCUGAAAGUUAAUUUUAGACCCGCGUCACGGAACGUUACACAUGGUAACACCGGGUGCAAUGUAAAUGAAGGUUCGCCGGUUACAACACCUCGUACUCAGUAGGGAAUCAGUCAAGAAUGCCGACCAAGAUACAGCUUGGUUCUCUGAAAACGGUCGGUUUGGUCGAUUGCUUGCUUAUCGGUCGUAGUAUGCUUCUGAUAGCAGUGUUCUUGCCUUUGGUAGGGUGAUGCUGUGUCUACGUACGUUAGCAGCGCCUUCUAAAAUCGUGAGACUAUUUGCUAUAUUGGAGAUAUGUGCCGUUGUUUUCGUUUGACAUGUUAGUUCCGAUUUGGAUAUGAUUAGAAAUGAUAAAACAUCAAAGUGACUUACUCUUGUUUAUAUUCGCCAUGCGAAAACGAUGACGAAAUCGAUCAGCAACGUAAUCUACAAGUUCAGACCUAACAAUCGAUUUGCCAAUGCCUGUAUUAGAAACAAGUUUCCUCCAAGUUAAUUUCGGAGAACAACGUGAAAAUUUAUGAAAUAAAUAUAAAAACAAGAAAAUAUCGGGGAAUAGAUAUAAAUUAUCCAUUUUUUUUUCUUUUCUUUUGUUUUUUUUUUUUAUUCAAAGAUUUAUGCUAACUUUUGCUAGUUCGCAAUCUAUCUUUUUUCAAAAUACUGUAAAGUUCGAAAAAUAGAUUAAAGAAGGAUCCUGAAAACGUUAUGGCAAUAUUUUGUAAGGCUUCUAGCAAGCAGGCUAGAAUUUCUAAACCUUUUUAAAGGUUCCCUGAAAAGGGAUCUGGAAGGUCUUCCCGGAUCUCCCGUCGUCUCUUUCAAUUCCUCUCCUUCUCUCUUACUGCCUAAUUCGCCCCUGGAGUGCUUGGCUGCGUAGUGAACACGUGUAGAGAGAUAGACGUGCAGGGAGGCUCGAAGGUGGAUAUGUGUGUGCGUUUGGUGGGUGUAUACGUGUGAGACAGAGUCUAUACGCACACGCACAAACGGGUCUAUCGUCGCCAGCUGUUGGUGUGUGGUGGGCUGUUGGAUGUAUGGUGGGAGGGAGGGCAGUUGGGAACAGGCUCGACUGCUCCCCCUAAUACCAGAGGAUUGAAUGGGCGAGGAGGGUGGUAUUGGGUUCCCUCACCCCACUCCCACCACCCACACGCCGCUACUCCCAACCCGCUCAAGCCACCCACUUCUAUCCGCCUGCCACCCCGCCUGCCCACCCACUCGCCACCCGACUGCCGUCGAGGAAACAACCUGCAACCGAACCAGCAUAACGUUUUCUCGAACAACGAUUUCCAUCCACUUCGUCUUCACCACCGGCAUAAGAACGUAAGUAAAUCCUAAGAUCUGCCAGUUUCCUGUGCUCAAAACGUCUCAGUGUAUCCGUGAGGCUUCGUGCUCGUUUUGUGUGCUCUUGCGUCCUGUCCGUCGUCGUUCGUCAUGUAUUCGGGUGUUCAUCAUCAUCCAGUAUCAGUACGGUAUCAGCUAUGACACGGUGUCUUCGCCAAGGACACGUUCCUCUCGAGAUGUGUGUUGUUCCACUUCUUCCACUGUGUUGCGCGUUGAGAACGAACGAUCGGGAGAAAGUGCAAAGUAGGACGGUGAGAAGGGAUACGAAGAAGUAGAGCGAGCGGAUAGAGCGAGAACCGAACGCGAGAGAGCGAUUCUGAAUGAUGCCGGGUCGCGCACAAACGAGAGCGAGAGGAGAGGCCGCCGCGGCCGCCGUAUUGUGUGUAUCGCGAAUAGGCCGCACGCGAAUACCUAUCGAGAAGUGCGCGCGGCGCGGCUGUAUCUGCGAGGUCCGUGUGUUCGUCGGUGUUCGACGCGCACCCGUGCGACGGAUAGAAAGAAAAAGAGAGAGAGAGAGAGAGAAAGAGAAAGAGAAAGAGAGAGGAGUAUAUAUUGCGCUGGGAGAACAUCUCUCAGCGCGGGAAGCACGAGAACGGCCUGUUCGCGCGGUUUUCCGCAAUAUCGUAUGCGCGAUGUUCAACGCGAAUAAUUAUGAUGCGGGUGGUAGCUUUUUUUUUUCUUCACGAUGUGUGCGCGCAUACGCGACAACGACGGGACGAAGACAGCAUUACGAUGAUGGCUGGGGACGAAGGUUUAGCCGCGCGCCGCUUCCGGAGAAGCGGAGAGGAGAGAACGAAGCGGAAAGGAAGGGAUCUUUCUCGGCUGGACGGAUGGCCAUACGUGCGCGCGCGUGUGUGCAGUCGCGCAUGUAUUUACGAAUACACGCGCGCGAGCGUCGGAGAAGAUCUGCUUGGCGUCCUUGUUUAGGUCUCUUUGACGACGACUCGGCACGCAGGUAGACGGAUUGCCUAGGAACACAACACAAAAGGAAAAGAUUUAUUAUUUCUGUGUAAGUGACCGUUAAGGCUGUAAAAUGGAGGGGAGUGGCACCGGAAUUAGCAGGCUUGAUUGCUACGAGGAUAUGUUUAAGGAAAUCACUAGAAAACUUUACGGCGAAGAUCCCGAUCAUAGAACGUCGAGCGUGCAAAACGAAUUUGAAACGUCUGUUUCGUACAAAAACGACGAAGAUACCGAAAAUGGUACAGACGGCAGUGACGAUGGAAACUGGACGUAUGACGAGGAACCGUUAAAAGGCACUGAUGGAAGCCGAAUCGCAGCUUAUCACGCCGGAAAAGCUACAUGGCGAUGUGACGAAUGUGGCGAUGUCAUGGCAGGUAGCCCACGUGAGAUUGCAGAGCAUUUCAUGGAACAUCACUCCUCGAGGAUCCUGCCCGAUAAUAGUAGAAACAGGCAUCACUCGCCCCGCAAGGAUUAUUUGCAAGCAGAUCUUAAAGCCGAGGAUGUAGUCAUGUAUUUAGAGAGACUCCGUGAACGCGCCGAACGGGCGGCACCUCCCUCCAGAAGAACCCAAGAAACACAGACUGUACCUGCGGCUUUAUUGCCUGUUACCUCGAGCUUUCUCCUGCAAGAACUGCCAUCCGUUCCUGCGCCGCAGCAUCUGCAACAGGUAUCUGAAUUAAAUUUCAGAUCUUUUAUGCAGAAUACAGCUACGAUGACCACCUCCGCCACAGCAUCCGUGAGUGGUAAACGAUAUACUUGUCCAUACUGUCCUUAUGGAACUGACAGACGCGAUCUCUACACGCGACACGAGAACAUCCACCGCGAGGAGAAGCCGUUUCACUGUUACAUCUGCUUCAAACCCUUCAAUCGCGCCGAUCACGUAAAGAAGCAUUUCAUGAGAAUGCAUCGCGAUCAUGUUUACGAGGUCUCGAAAAUACGAAGACCGAUGGGAAGUGCAUCGAAACCGUUGCAGCAGGACACAGCGAUAACGCCAACAGCGGCGACUGCCAAUGCGAGUAGCCAGCAGCAACCGCAGCAGCAACACAUCAAUUGUCAAUCAACUUUCGCUACCAACAAGGGUUAUCAGUUACAGCCGAAUGUCGCUACAUCGGGUACCGGCACUAUCGGUAUUUAUCAAACGACAGCCAUGCCCGCGUCGGGAGGAAUCAUGCAACCCGAUACGAAUAAUUGCAACACGGGCAGGCGCGUACAAAACGGCGGUUGCAAUAGCAAAAGUCAUCUUAAAGGUGGCUCCAAGAGCGCGCAGGAACGAAGGUACACUUGCGUGUACUGUCCAUGGAGCGGCGUUGAUAAUUGGUGUCUGAAGCGGCAUUUGAACACCCACACGAAGCCCUUUGCGUGUAGUUUGUGCGAGUACAAAGCAGCCCGCGCCGAGCGGCUUUCAACGCACGUGCUCAAAGUACACAACAGGAGGCAAUGCUCGAGAUGCUCGUUCCUUGGCGAAGACGCGGCGCAAUUGCAGAUACAUCAGCUGCACGUUCAUCGAGUUAGCAGUGCGAGUGCACCAUCAACAUCGACCGCUCAAACGGCACCGCCGCCGAGCAAUCGCCACCCGCAACCUUUACACCCCGUGGGAGGAGGACGACCACCACCUGGGCCACCAGUUUUUCCAGCACCAGCUCCAGCAAUCGCACCUGCUACCACUGUAAUACCGCCAAGCACUAUACUCGGUUACCAGCUACUAUCGAGGGAAGAAGCCGAGGACCGAUUUCCGGAACCGUGCCGUUCACGAGAUCCCGUGUGUAGGCAGGACGAGAAGGAAAAUCAACAAAGACCGAGCGAGAGACGAUCUAGGAAGCAGAGUCAGCCGAGACAGGUGAAAUGGCACUGGGAUUCCCGGCGCAAUCUAAUACCUGCGUUAGGUUUACAAGACCUGACAAACGUCGAGCCGAAUAAUAGGCAAAUUAGCGGUAAGAUAGAAAUAAUCUCUGGACAUCAACAGAAAUCGAUACGGCAGCGAAUGUUCAAAUGUCAUUUAUGCCGAAAAUAUGAGCCGGCCCGAGGAAUAAGCCGUCGCCCAUAUCACAGCAAAGCCUCGCUGAUACUUCACACAUUAUGGCGACAUAAAAGGCGAUCUUAUCAUGAAAAGAAUCGCACAUCAACAGUCAGUUUGCCAUCGACCGUCUCCUCGAUUACACUCAAGGCCACGUUUUUCACAAACCCAAAUUACAGAUAUCAUAGAUAACAGCAAAAGAGGCUGGGAGUGGCUAAGAGCGUAAAUUGUUAUUAUUAGAAUCAAAUUUUACGAAUGAAUUUUUUGGAUGAAUGUAUUGAAUCGAAUCGAAAUGUAACUCGUCAAGGAACUCUAGUCGAGGAACUUUUCAUUUGAUUUUUGAUAUAUCUGCUGUACUUUUGUACUUUACUGAUUCUCUUCUCGUUGAAUUUAAUGAUUAAAAUAGCUUUUUCCUCGUUGCGUAAGUUCCUUGAUCUAUUGCAAAAAUAAGCUUUGUACUCACACAAGAUGUCUAUGUCAGUAACAUAACAGUUUGUGUCUGUACAAGAGAAAAUUAUAAGAUAUAUUGAUCUCUAUUUUCUCAUAGUAUAUUAUGCAGAAAAUAAGCGCCUGCCUGGGGAAUGAACCGUCACAGCAGAUGUUCGCUGAAACUACACGCAUUAUGGCCACAUAAACGGCGAUUUUGUCAUGCCAAGAAUCGCGCGUCAACAGUCAGUUUGCCAUCGAUCGUCUCCUCGAUCACGCUCAAGGCCACGUUUUUCAUCAACCCGAAUUACGGAUAUUAUAGCUAAUAGUAAAGGAGCUUGGGAGUGGCUAAGAGCAUAAAUUGUUAUUAUUAGAGUAGAAAUUUUUCGAAUGAAUUGUCCUUUUCCAACGAAUUCUAAUCUAGAUAAAUUUUUAAUUUGAGUUUUUUUAAUUAACUACCGUUAUCUUUGAUUAAACAAAAAAACUUACUAAUCAGAACAUAAUUUUCUGAUACAUGUAAAUUUUAUAUGUUAUUAUUGUCGGAGAUAUUUCAUUGUUUCCCAAAAUAUGACGCAAUUGUUCUACAAAGAAAUCGUUUGCUGUAUUCUAGAAGCGCACGAAAGAGAAGCGUGAUAUGAAUAAAAUUAAUGUGAUGCGAAUCUUUAUAAUUGAAAGUAUUUUAACGUAAUGUAUGUAAGAGAUAUGUAAAUACAUUUUUCGCCAUGAUAAUCUCGAUCGCUUUAUGUAAGAUAUUUGAAUUUAAUGUGUAUGUUAUGUAAAUAACUUCUCUGCCAUGUGAGGAUCCGAUGACUCGAAACGAAAGAUGAUUUUUCAAGUAACAUUAAAUGAAUGAUAUAAAAUGUAGAUUUUGAUGAUUGAUUUGAUAAUCGAUGUUCCAUGGAUUUAUCUUCGACUAUCUGUGUACACUUUCUUCUGUUUUAGACUAACGACGAAGCAUCAUUUGAAAUGCAAUUAUGUAUCACGAUUAAGCAACAUACCACUUCCGUACUUGGCUGCAUAGCCACAAUUUUUAUAAAAUUACAAUUUAAUAUAAAGCGUUUAUAUACAAAACCAUUAUCUUGUUUACGUUAUUAUAUGAAAUAUGUCUAUUAUACAUGAAAAUGAAUAAAGAAAAAAAUUUGCAGAU